GUAGUUGAGCUAAAUUCCGAGUUGCUACAGAACAUGAUGUCCUCAUUGUUAAACAAUGUAUUAGCUGAAGAUUGUCGAAAUCAAUGGUCCAUGUCUCGUCCAUUAUUGGUACUUAUAUUACUCUACGAAGACUAUUAUCGAUCAUUGAAAGAAAGCAUUAUACGUGGACAACCCGUUGAAAAGCAGCAGACAAUGGCCCAGUGGUUUGAAGAUUUGAUGCUUGGUAUUGGGCGCAAUGUGUCUAGUAAAAAUAAAGAAAAGUUUACACAGAAUUUAUCGACAUUUCGCAGAGAUGUAGCUAACCUACCAAAAUCGACAACGUAUUCAACAGCGGAUGAUUAA